GAACAACUUCACAGACCACUAGCCACUAACUUUAGUUUCAUGUUUCAUAAUCAAUAGAAAUCAAGCCGGAGCCGGUUAAAAUAAAACUUAAAAAGUGUGGUUAGUUUGUUUGUUCUGUAGCGUUUUCUCUGUAAUUAUUAAUAUAUUUCUUUAAAAUAUGUCUAAAAGAUUACUCUCUGCCCUUGAAUAUCCAAAUGCAGAUAGUGUAAAUUUAGAUGAUGAAAAUACAUUCAAAUCCAUAAUUAUUUGGUUGGAAGCCAAUAAAAUACGAAAAGCCCCAAAUGAUAUUAUCAAUCAAUUAAAGAAUAACAACAGAGACUGGCAUAAUACUUUUUCCAAAUAUAAAGAUGGAAUAGGCUGCCCCCCAUUGAAAAAUAGAGCUGAAGAAUUGCAGUGGAUUUUAGGUUAUGCAGUACAAUUGGAAACACAAAAGAAUAAAAACAUUUAUUUGAAACAUGCAGUGGAAAACUUACAAAGCAAGAAUGUUCCAGCUGUAGUUGCAGAAAAUGUAUUGGAUAAAUUAGACUUUCGCAGUGCAGAGUUUGGUGAAGGUAUAAAAGAACUUGCCAAAGUUCUAAAUGUAGUUUGUCACCCAGAUCCCCUUGUUACACUAAAAGCAGUGAGAAAAGUGGUCAUUCAAAGAAUGUCACCAGAUUGUGUUGAACAUCCUGAAAAAUAUGUAUUAAAGGGGACACCUUUUCCUAUUCAAGAUUCUGAUCUAGGCUUUGAUUUGAAUGAUCCAGUGUUGAAUCAAGCAGCAAAAAUAUUGAGGAUGAUCUACAUUCAAGAUAUGCGAAAUUUGCAGACAAGAGCUAAUGAACUUAUUGUAGCUGUACAAUCUGUUACAGCCAAUCCUAAGACAGACACCAAACUGGGAAAAGUUGGUUUCUAAAUAAAUAAUAAUAAUAAAUAUAUAAGACUAAUAUUUAAUUUAAUAUAUAAGAAUUUGUGAAUAAUUUCUGAAUUUAAUAAUAUAGACAUCUUAAUAUGUUAUUUUAUUUACUGAAUACAAUAAAUAUUUAUACAGUCA